AUGUAAAGUCACUUUCCUGCGGGGCAGAAUGAAACUUAAACGUUUUCUCCUGAGAUAUUACCCACCAGGUAUCAUCCUAGAGUAUGAGAGAGGAGGACAUUUACGGACCAAAUCAAUCGACCUUUUGGAUUUGUCUUCACAAACAAACCCAGACCAGCUAGUGGCAGAGAUCAUGCAGGCAGAGCCUCUCAUCACAGAGUCCCGGGCUGACCAGGUGAAACAUCUGAUCCUCCGGCUGCAGCAGAAACAGCGCCAGCAGGACAACCGCAUUUUCCACCUGUCCAUGACGCUGCAAGCGCAUUUACUGCCACUGACAAAUGUUGCCUUCAACAAAUCAGGGUCAAAGUUUAUAACUGGGAGCUAUGAGAGGACAUGCAAAAUAUGGGACACGGCUACAGGGGAAGUGCUGCACAAGCUGGAGGGUCAUAACAAUGUGGUUUAUGCCAUUGCAUUCAACAACCCCUAUGGAGACAAGAUUGCCACUGGGUCUUUUGAUAAGACCUGCAAACUGUGGAGUGCAGAGACUGGCAAAUGUUUUCACACCUUUCGGGGACACAGGGCAGAAAUAGUUUGCCUGGCAUUCAACCCCCAGAGUACGCUGGUGGCCACUGGCAGCAUGGACACCACUGCCAAGCUGUGGGAUGUGGAGACUGGGGAGGAGGUGGCCACUCUGGCUGGUCACACUGCUGAGGUCAUCUCUCUGUCCUUUAACACAGCGGGCAGUCAGCUGGUCACUGGCUCGUUUGAUCACACCAUUUCCAUAUGGGAUGUCGCUUCAGGGAGAUACAUCCAUAUUCUGAUGGGACACCAAGGGGAAAUCACCAGCGUGCAGUUUAACUGGAACUGCUCUCUCAUAGUCACAGGCUCCAUGGACAAAACCUGCAAGCUCUGGGACACAGUGAGUGGGAAGUGUGUCACCACGCUAGUUGGACACAAAGAGGAGGUGCUGGAUGUGUGUUUUGAUUUAACCGGUCAGCUCAUUGCUACUGCCUCUGCUGAUGGCACAGCCCGAGUGCACAGUGCAGCCACACACCAGUGUCUUGUGGAGCUGGAGGGCCACAAGGGAGAGAUCUCCAAGAUCUGUUUCAGCCCCCAGGGCAGCAGGAUUCUGACCGCCAGCUCAGACAAGACAGCUCGUCUGUGGGACGCUCAGUCUGGUGUCUGCCUACAAGUCUUAGAGGGGCACAACGACGAGAUCUUCUCCUGUGCCUUCAACUACGAGGGUGACACUAUCAUUACAGGCAGUAAGGAUAACACAUGUCGGGUUUGGUGCCGGCCUGACCCUUGACCUGCUGGUGUGUAAAGAGGCUCAAGUGAUCUGUGCGGCCACAUGCAGGAACAGGACAAUCGGAUCGGGAUGACCAUGUAUGAUGCACAGCCUGUCUUUCUAACUGCAGGUUAAAGGCUGAAACGUCUGCAAAAAUCUGAGUUUUGAUCUGUGGUUUCUGUUUAAGAUAAACACAUUGGUGCAAGACUCACAUCAGUAGUUCCUCUUCUCUCCUCCUGUGUCCGAACCUGUUUUCAGCUUCAUUUCUGUCCUCACUGCACUACUUAACUUUUAGUUAAAACGUCAUCACAAGUAGUUUGAUUUGUUCAAAGUAGUCUACUCCCAAUUUAUGAAGUUGAGUGGAUCUGAAUAAAGCUGUGAAAGGACUUUCCAUCUGUGGAUUCUAAGUGUAAG